AUGUGGAACGACGAGGAUAAUAACCCCUAUGGGGCAUUUGACCAACAUGAAGCUCAUCUGUCCGACUCUUUACAUUCCGCCGCACUGUCACCUCCGAUUUACGAACAUGAUUCGACUCCGCCUUCCAGUCGGGAUUCUAACAUAGACCCCCCAGACUAUAUUUCUCAUCCAGAAGAUCUCAGCGAUCCCGAGGAAGCCGAAUAUGGCGCCGCGAGCGAACAAUACCCACGGAAGAGUGUUUACGACAGCCGGAUUGAGCAGAUUCUCUACGAAAACCCCGAAAUGCCCAUCCUAAUCACCGACGCCGGCAAGAAUCAUGAAGGUGGAGGUAGCUUUAUCGUUUAUACUAUCAGAACCGCGGAUUUGGAAGUACGCCGGCGAUACUCCGAGUUUGCAUCGCUACGACAGACCCUCGUGAACCUCCAUCCCACUCUAAUAGUGCCCCCGAUUCCCGAGAAGCAUAGCAUGGCCGACUACGCCGCUAAGCCCACCAAAGCCAAAGAAGAUACAGCUAUCAUUGAUCUGCGGAAACGAAUGUUGGGCGUCUUUUUAAAUCGGUGUCGUCGCAUGAAGGAGAUCAGAGAGGAUGGGGUCUGGUGGCGAUUCCUGGAUCCGAAUGUCAGCUGGAACGAGGUCUUACAUUCUCACCCCGCAUCAUCCGUCCCGAAGAAUAAUCUCAAAGCGCCCCCUCUUGAUCCUGCAAACCCAAGCCAAGCGCACAGCUGGCUCCCAGUUCCGUCAUCCUCUGCAAAGCUUAGGUCUGGUGGAGCAUCGGGAGGCUCAGGAUCCCCUACAUCGCCAGGAGACAACACCGAUGGUUCUCCCACCCACAUUCCGGGUCCAGAGAUUCUUGGACGCUUCCCGCCAGAGUCGCGAAAAUUGAGUGAACAGGAACUGGACCCGUAUUUCGUGAAUUUUGAAGCUUCCACUCGCGAACUGGAGUUGCUCUUGCAGGGGAAUAUCGAGAGGGUCAACCGGCGAACUCUAUCUCACUUGUCAACGUUAUCUGCUGACCUGAUGGAACUUGGGGCUCGUUAUAAUGGAUUUUCCCUCUCCGAACAGUCCCCAACCGUGGCUGCUGCUAUUGAGCGCAUUGGCCAAGCGGCAGACACGUCUUACAUCGAGACCGAGGAAUUGUCUACUGCACUCAGUGCAAGCUUUGCUGAACCUAUGCGGGAGAGUGCACAAUUCGCUAGCGUGGUGCGGAGUGUAUUACGGUACCGGGUUUUGAAGCGCGUACAAGAAGAUAUGACUCGCGACGAGCUGGCCAAGAAAAAGACCUUGUUGGAUUCCCUUGAGCGUAGCGAGCUGGAGGCAAAGCGCAUUGAACAGUAUCUCAAUCGCACAGACUCCCAAUCCCGUACCAAACCGCAGCGCUCUUUAUCAACUUCCUCCGCGGCCGUAUCUAGAAAGCCAGAGCCUUCACCAUCCCACUCCCCAGCACACCGCAAGACCUCCAGCGGGACGUUUGUCGCAAACAAAAUCUUUGGUCGCAUCAGUCACGCCAUUCACGGCUUCGCAGACGUAGAUCCCGAACGAACUCGUCGGGAUCAAAUCGGAAAGACCAAGGAGAGUCUCAUCCAGUUGGAACAAGCGUUGGAGGUAUCAGAAAAGGACGUGAAAGACGCUAGUGCGGGCGUAAUGCAGGAUCUACGACGCUUCCAGAAGGAUAAAGAAGCCGAUCUCCGGCGUUACAUGGUCGCAUAUGCACGCUGCCACUUGGAUUGGGCUCGCAAGAACCUCGAAACCUGGACAGAAGCCAACGAUGAAGUCAACAAGAUCGUUGCGCGGUAG